CGGCGAUGAUUGGCCGGGGAGGCGGGGGCGCGGGGCGAGCGGGGUAGGCUGCGCGAGAGGCCAAGAGGGGCUGCAGGCGAUGGCGGCGGCUGCGGGUCGGCUAGGUUGGGUACUCGCCGCGCUCUGCCUGGGCAACGCCGCUGGGGAGACGGCGCCGGGCCCGCGAGUGCUGGGCUUCUGCCUGGAGGAGGACGGAGAGGCGGGCCCAGGGUGGGUGCACGGAGGGGCUGUGCGGGCCGCGCCGGAGGCCACCUUCCGCCUGCGCCUCCUGGGUUCGGGCUUCGCCAACAGCUCCUGGACCUGGGUGGCCCCCGAGGGGGCAGGCUGCCCCGAGGGUGGACCAGCCACGGCGCCCGMGGAGACGGCGGCUCCCGCGGGCCAGUGGCGCGCGCUGUUAUGCCUGCGCGCCCAGGCCGUGCCCCCAAACUCGGCGCUGCUUGCAGUGCGCGUGGAGCCGGGCGGCGGGGCAGCUGAGGAGGCGGCGCCGCCCUGGGCGCUGGGCCUGGGGGCGGCCGGGCUGCUGGCGCUGGCGGCGCUGGCGCGGGGCCUGCAGCUGAGUGCGCUGGCGCUAGCGCCCGCCGAGGUGCAGGUGCUGCGCGAGAGCGGCUCGGAGGCGGAGCGUGCGGCGGCGCGGCGCCUGGAACCCGCGCGGCGCUGGGCGGGCUGCGCCCUGGGCGCGCUGCUGCUGCUGGCUAGCCUGGCGCAGGCGGCGCUGGCGGUGUUGCUGUACCGAGCGGCCGGCCAGCGAGCGGUGCCCGCGGUGCUGGGCUGCGCAGGGCUGGUUUUUCUGGUAGGAGAAGUGGUUCCGGCCGCUGUGAGCGGGCGCUGGGCGCUGGCGUUGGCACCGCGCGCUCUGAGCCUCAGCCGCCUGGCAGUGCUGCUCACCCUGCCCGUGGCGCUGCCAGUGGGGCAGCUGCUGGAGCUGGCGGCGCGGCCCGGGCGGCUGCGCGAGCGCGUGCUGGARCUAGCGCGCGGAGGCGGCGACCCCUACAGCGACCUCAGCAAGGGAGUGCUGCGCUACCGGACAGUGGAGGACGUGCUCACGCCGCUCGAAGACUGCUUCAUGCUGGAUGCCAGUGCAGUUCUGGACUUCAGCGUCUUGGCCAGCAUCAUGCAGAGCGGCCACACGCGCAUUCCGGUGUACGAGGAAGAGCGCUCCAACAUCGUGGACAUGCUCUACCUCAAGGACUUGGCCUUCGUGGACCCCGAGGACUGCACGCCGCUCAGUACCAUUACCCGCUUCUACAACCACCCACUCCACUUCGUUUUCAAUGACACCAAGCUAGACGCAGUCCUGGAGGAGUUCAAGCGAGGGAAGUCCCACCUGGCCAUCGUGCAGAAGGUGAACAACGAGGGCGAGGGCGACCCCUUCUAUGAGGUGCUGGGCCUGGUCACCGUGGAGGACGUCAUCGAGGAGGUCAUCAGGUCUGAGAUCCUGGACGAGUCUGCAGACUACCGAGAUGCUGCCGUGCGGAGGACAGCCACCUCCCUGAGUGCCCCGCUCAAGCRCAAGGAGGACUUCUCCUUGUUCAAGGUGUCUGACGAGGAAUACAAAGUGAAAAUCUCGCCUCAGCUGCUCCUGGCCACCCAGCGCUUCCUUUCCCGAGAGGUGGACGUGUUCAGCCCGCUGCGCGUCUCUGAGAAGGUCCUCCUGCACCUGCUGAGGCAYCCGAGCGUCAACCAGGAGGUGAAGUUUGAUGAGAGCGACCGCCUGGCUGCCCACCACUACCUGUACCAGCGCAGCCGGCCGGUGGACUACUUCAUCCUCAUCCUGCAGGGCAGGGUUGAGGUGGAGAUCGGGAAGGAGGGCCUGAAGUUUGAGAACGGGGCCUUCACCUACUAUGGAGUGUCUGCCCUGACCACGCCGUCCUCGGCUCACCAGUCCCCGGUGCCCUCRCACCAGGCCACCCGCCACGACCUGCAGCCCGAGCCAGCUGAGGGCACCCGCGCCUCCACCUACUGUCCCGACUACACCGUGAGGGCCCUCUCUGACCUUCAGCUCAUCAAGGUCACGCGGCUGCAGUACCUCAAUGCACUCUUGGCCACCCGAGCCCAGAGCCUGCCACCGUCCCCCGAAAACUCUGACCUCCAGGUCGUCCCAGGCAGUCAGACCAGGCUCCUCAGUAACAAGACCACGGCAGCCGCGGCCUUCCCAGUAGACCUUUCCCUCUUUGGCACAUUUGGAAACUGCAGUUGAUAGAUGACUGGGACUAGUGAGCCCUUUUUGUUUUCAGAGAACACUGAGGGUCCAGCCACAGCAGGCCCUGCGUCCCAGUGGAGGAGAACCCUGGGCGGAAUCCAGGAGUCUAACUGCUUGCCAGGCGCCGAGCUGGGGAAUGGACACGCCCGUGGGGAGCUGGAGGGAGCCGCGGCAGCUUCGCAAGCCAGCCUGUCCCCACCACUCAGGCCACGUUUUAGAUGGCCCUUAGAGACGCGGGUCCCAGGCUUCAGUGCCAGGAGCCUUCGGCAGGCCCCGCUGUCCUUCAGGAGGUGGGGUCAGCUGGCGCGGCCCCCCAGGCCUGCCUCUGGAAGAAACAAAGGAACAGAAUCAUCUCUGGUCCCCAGGGCCCAGCUUCCCCUUCCCCUCUGACGCUGUGACAGUGCAGCGUGUCUGUACCUCUUCAAGCCAGGCACUGUGGCCAGUGACCGCCUGGCGGAGGCCUGUGUCUGCUCUGCUUUCCAUCGGCUGACCUCUGCUGCUGGCAGCACUUUCUGAGCAAAUGGAGUUUUAGUUGGGGUUCAUAUCCGUGGCCUGGUCUACGAUGUCCUUGGUCCUCGGUGGCUCCCCUCACCAUGCCACAUGCCAGUUCACAUGCCCAGGCCUUCUCCACGUGCCAGACCAGGAAGCGGGGCUCCCUGCAGGUGUGUUCCUCGCCCUGCUCCUUCCUGUGGAGAUGGCCUUUCGGAACCCUCCUGGAGUCCCGAGCAGCAGGUAGGGCCAGUGUGGCCCGGGGCCAUCCCUCCACCCCGUGCUUGUUGCCCCCGACAGUAUUGUCAGUUUCUGUGUGGAGAAGGGGUCAGGCAUGGAGGAGGGGGCCGUCCUGCUGUGGCUGAGCCCCAUCUCCACCCCGUCCACCUGGCUCGGGCCUUAGUGGAGGUGUCCAGGGAGGUGCCUGCGGCUGUGAGGUGCGGAGUGCAGCCGGGGACAGGAGGGCUGCUGUGACCAGCUGCACCGGCACCGCCCUUCUUUCUACAAAAACAUCAGUUUCUCUCACAUCCUUAGGACGUUUCAGGUUCUCCCCCCACCCCGUUUUCCCCUCGGGUCGCGGUUUCAGGGAGGAGUUUCUUCUUCCAGUUUACCUGAAUCUUCCUCCCAGGGUGGGGCUGUGUGGAACGGGGCGCCACAGAGGUGCGGGGGCACAGACUGGGGAGGGGAGGAGGGGAGUCUCUGGAGCCCCUCUCAAGGAGAUCUGGGUCCUUGUAAACGGGACUAAAGGACAAAAGAACAGGGGUGUGCGCACCUAGAAGUUGAUCCUGAGGACCAGACCCAGGCGGGAAACAGACUCUAAGUCAUCUCCCUCCACAGCAGGCUUCUGAGCCCCGGCUGCACGUCAGCAUCACUUGACAGAUUAAAAAUCUGAGCUGGGCCCAGUGGUGCCCACCUGUCAUCCCAGCUGCUCAGGAGGCUGAGGCAGGAGGAUUGGGCUCAAGGCAGCCUCAGCAACUUAGUGAGACUCUUGUCUCAAAAAAGGGCUAGGGGCGUGCCUCCGUGGUGAAGCGCCCCUGGCUUCCAUCCGUAGAGUUGAAAAAAAAAAAGACAAUUUUUUUUUUUCCUACCUGAGCCACUCCUGAGACUUGCAGUUUAGUCAUUCUGGGCUCGAGGGUGUAUUUUUGAAAUGGUUUCAUAUCCACAGGCAAGUUCCAUACGCCCUUCACCCACCUGGCCUCCCCUGUUGACGUCCUAGGAAGCCUGGGUACAUUGACGCACUGAACGUGGACAUGGGUGCAGUCAGUGCUUGGAACUGAACCACAGGUUUUCUUUGGGUUUUCCUGGGGUGUUUUUUUUUCUUUUUUUUGGGCAAUAACGCUCUUGCUGCAUUCCAGGACCCAAUCUAGGAUACCAGGUUCCACACGGAGCUUUCUUUUCCCAAUUUUUAUUCUUACAUAAUUACUCAUAGGAAGUUACAAAACUCGAGGUUCCCAUGCACCCCUUACCUGGGUUCCCCCUACGGUUAUUUGUUAGCUAAUUACAACACAGUAUCCGAAUCAGGGCUUUGACACAGGUGCGGUGUGUCCUGGGCAGAUUUGUGGAGCUGCGCCCGUGUCACCACAGAGAUCUCCCUGGGCUGCCCCCGGAAAGCCCCCCCGUGCCAUCCCCAGCCCCUGGCAGCCACUGACGUGUUCCUCUUGGCUCUCAUGUUGCCUUUUCAAGACUGUUAUAUCAGUGGAGUCACAGUGACCACGUGGCACUCGGCACAAUCCUCUGGAGACGCAUCCAGGUUGUCGCUUGCCGGUGGUUGGGUCCUUUCUCUUGCCAAGGGGUGUUCCAUAGUGUACUUACCACCCCGUCGAAUGAUAUCCGGGUGGUUCCAGUUUUCAGCUAUUCCAAAUAAAGCUGCUAUGGACAU